AUGGGUGGCCGGCACCGCUUUGAGAGGUUUAAGAAAUAUUUCAAUGCAAAAGAAGGGAAAGAAGCGAAAGAAGAGCCCAGCACGGCUUCAUCACCUGUCGGUAAUCCACGCCCACCCAAGGAUCCCGAUACAACUACAGAUCUCCGAUCACCUCCUGUCGACAAAAAACUACCUUUUGUCGGCAACGAGCCAAAGAAAGAAAGCAAACAGAAUAAGCUUCAAGAGCAGUUGUGGAACCAGGCUUAUGAUGGGCUCCGACAGAGUGAGAACAAGUACAUCGCCCAAUAUGAAGAGAUUCUUGUGUCCGAGCUCAAGAAAGACAACCCCGAUAGCGAUACAGUCUCACUUGGGACCUCUCAUGAGGAGCGAUGGCGACAGAUGCAACGUCUUGUCCAGAUUGGCCUGUCCAAGACGGAAAAGGAAGCCAAGAUCUACGAGAAAGUCAACGAUGGACUGGAACUCUUUGGCACAGUCAGAGCUCUCGUUGAACCAGCCGUAUCCGCCGUUCCGCAAGCUGCAAUCCCGUGGGUAGGAGUUUGCUUCAUCCUCGAAGUCAUUUCAAACCCAGCAAAGCAACCAGGCGUCCACCGCGCGGGGCUGCAGCAUGUUCUUUCGCGUGUUAAUUGGUACUGGAACCUUGCAGAACUUCUCCUUGAAGACAACUUGGAGUCCAAGGAAGACGAUGAAGGGACCGCAUUGACAAAACUCCGUCUUGAGCUCCAGCCACUUGUGCUUGACCUAUACCAGAAGUUUCUUUCUUACCUGAUCGAGAGUGUAUGCUACUUUCAAAAGAAUCGGGCCGCUGCGUUCCUCAAAAGCGUGGUCAAUAUAGACUACUGGAAUGGCAAGAUCAAGGACAUUGAGGCCUCGGAAAAAGAAUUCGAUAAGCAAUCUCAGCAGUACAAUACGACAGAAUCCCGUGAGAGGCUCAAGACUCUGAUUAUUGGCGUCAAAAGCAUUGAGAAGGCUAUUGAUCGCCAGACAGAGCAGCAGAAGAAGCUGAACGAGGACGAGAGCAAUAGGCUAUGUCUUCGGGCUCUCUAUACAACCAAUCCACUUUAUGAUAAGGAGAGGAUUGAAGAAGAGAAGGGUAGGCUUUUGUCUCAUUGCUAUUCCUGGAUUUUCCUUACCGAGGGUUUCCAGACUUGGCAACAAGACCCUGAUUGCAGGCUGCUCUGGAUCAAAGGGGACCCUGGCAAAGGCAAGACAAUGCUCCUUUGCGGCAUCAUAGACCGCCUUGAUGAGAUGACACCGGGCUUGAUUUCAUGCUUCUUCUGCCAAGCCACGAGGAAUCAUCAGAAUAGUGCCACAGCUGUUCUUCGGGGGAUAAUCUGGAGUCUCGCCCAUCAGCAUCCUGAUUUGGUCUCUCAUGUGCGCAGUGAGUUUGACAGCGCAGGGGAGCAGGCGUUCAACGGACCAAACAAUUGGGAAAUUCUGUCCUCCAUCUUGAGGAGAAUGAUAUCAGACGGCAACAAUCGGGUCCCUGUGGGUACCACUAUUGUGAUCGACGCCCUUGACGAAUGCACCAAAGACAACAAAAAGCUACUUGAUCUGAUUGUGGACUUUUGUGCUAGUAAGGAAUCUCGAGUGAAGUGGAUUGUUUCGAGUCGAAACUGGGUGGAAUUUCAAGACGCCUUUAUGAAGAAGGUUAUUGCCUCACAGCGAGUCGUUAUGUCUCUGGAAGAUAGCGAGGAAGCCAAGGAAGCGAUCAGCAAUGCUGUUGAUGCAUAUAUCGAGUACAAGGUGCAAGAGCUCGAGAGAAUCAAGGAGACUAAACUCGAAGCCGAGGUUCACAACAUCUUGGCCGAAAAGUCUAGUAGUACCUUUCUCUGGGUGGCUUUGGCCUGUCAGAGAUUACUCAGUAGCGAUAUCGAUGAUUGGCAAAUUCUCGAUACACUCAAGCGAUUUCCAUCCGGCCUGAAAGACCUUUAUAGGCGCAUGUUGCAGGAGGUUAAAGAUUCCGGCCAUGCAUCGCAAUGCAGGGACAUUCUAGCAGUUGCUACUCUUGUGCAGCGUCCUCUAUCAUUGGGAGAACUGUCGUCCAGUGCCCAGUCCCUCUCCCAGCAUUCGAGCAGACUUGAUGCCCUGAAGAAACAAGUCUUGCGUUGCAAAGGGUUUCUGGUUGUCAUAGACGACGUGGUCUCGUUUAUGCAUCAAUCCGCCAAGGAUUUCUUGUUGGAAGACCAGCUUGCAAGGGAGUUCAUCUGGGAAGCCGAGAAGGAGGAACAGUUAUCGGAAAGCAUUCUGCGUGGUCAUCAAACUAUCCUGAGGGCAAUGUUGGAGACGAUGAAGAAGACGCUCAAGUACGACAUUUCUGAUCUCAGGAAACCGGGUGCAGAUGUACUAUAUCUCGACCGGAAGGAUGUCUCGGAUCCCCUUUCCCCGGUACAGUAUGCCUGUUGCUACUGGGCCGAUCACAUUUCGAAGUUCGACGACGAAAUUGCCUCUGCUACCCUCAAAUUCUUCAAAACAUCAGUGUUCUACUGGCUAGAGGCCUGUUCGCUGCUUGGAAAGGUGCCUAUUGCACUGCUGGCGAUUCAAAAGCUGAAGAAUCUAGCGGUUGGUACGGAAUACCACGAAUUGAUUAGUGUGCUACGAGACGUCAAUCGGUUCGCCCUGUACUUCAAAGGUGCAAUCGAGCAGUUUCCUUUACAGAUGUAUGCAUCCGGGCUUUUCUUCAGCCCGAGAACUUCAUUGGUAAGACAGGCAUUCAAGCAACAUGCCCUCGAGACGUCAUGGCUGAAUCUGCCCAUCUCAGAAAACUGGGAUGCUUGUGUUCAGACGCUCGAAGGGCAUACAUCUACAGUUUCCAAUUUCGCCUUCUCUGGCAAUGGCCAAUGGUUAGCGUCGACCUCUUAUGAUUGCACAAUCAGAAUCUGGGACGUGGCGACGGGUGUUUGUCUACAGACUAUACACAGCCCUUAUAUAGAGGUGCAUGCAGUUGCAAUUUCUAGUGACAGUUCUUGCCUUGCAGCAGCAUCUGAAAAUUGCACGAUCGAAUUCUGGGAUACCAAGUCAGAGGAAUUCACCAAGACCCAAACAGUCGAUACUCGAGGAACUAUCAUUAUUGGUCUUAUUUUCUCCCCGGAUGAUGAAUGGCUUGCCUCCUGGUCGUCUGAGCCCAAGGUUCAGAUUCGGAAUGCCAAAACAGGUGAUUGCAUCUACAGUAUUGCAGUUGAGCAACGACUUCCGAUCGGACCGGAAAUUCGGUUUUCCUUUUCUUCUGACAGCCAGCGUAUCCUGCUUGGCUCAGACCAACCUGGCAUCCGGGAUAUCAUUGGUUGCAAAUGGACCAACUACCCUGAGAUUCAUCCAGAACGGCUUUUGACAUCAGCUUUCUCUUCAGAAGGAACAUGGGUAGGACACGCCUUUGGCGAGCACGGUCAUUCGAUUUGGACAUUUUCUGAGGCAGACUCUCAUCGAGUGGUAGAUUUACUGAGAGAUGACGGGUACGCGCUACCGUCCUCAGGCCAAUAUCCAGCUGGGAGACCAUUGCCAACACCGCAGAGGCCCUCGGCCAUUUCUAACGACGGCAAACAAGUCGCAACGUGCACUGAAUACCCCUUCCGGCUAGCCAUAGCGGAUACCUCUAACGGAGCCGUUGCAUUUGCACACCCCCGAAUGGCAACAGGGGCGGGAAAUGAUCUUCCUAUGGUAAUGGCCUGGUCAGCUGACAGCCAGUGGCUCGCGUAG